AUGGACAGGGGAGAUCUGCAGAGGGAGCAAGCUCGCUACAAGACACAGGUCAUCGCCCAGAACAAGUCGGCCAUGCGAGAGAAUGAAUUUCCCGGCACAUCGCAAAACGUCGGACAUGAAAUAGACACUCUGGUUACCGGAACCGUCGCCACAUCAAGCCAUCCUCCAGCACAUCCGACACGGGAAACUCUUCUGCGGGGUGGGCUUGCGCCCGGAAGCAACCUUCAGCUUCUCGGCAGAGACGGGGACUUGCACACCUCUAGCGAGCCGAUAUGGGGUGAAGCGCUUUACCAGACCGAUUUCUCGACGCAACCCUUCUACAAUCAGACGGUCCGCAUUAGCUCGCAUGACCAGUCCUCCUCCAAUGCUUCUCGGACACGAGCAACGAGUAUAUCGACUGUCAUUGGAGAAAGCAACUUGCGACAUUCCAUCGAUAUACCCAGAUCAAGUUCCUCAUCCGAAGCAAACAUGGACGGUAUUGAUCUGUUUUGCGACACGAUGUUGAGUGAAUAUUGCGCAUCGGAGUUGUCUGGAUACAGCAGCGAAGCGGACCGGUCGAUUUGCGCCCCAAGGACUUCCCGUUCAGCUUCUACUGAUUUUGUUCCCCAAUCGGCCGGACCGAGCAAUCCAAUUUUGCAUGGAGACGUGGAAGACAUCUUAUUCAUGUACUACUUGGAUCAUGUUUUCUACAAGCAUUGUCCUUUUUACUUUCCUUUCAAUCGGGAAGGGCGGGGUUGGCUGCUUUCGAUCUUAAAGCGGGUUAACUCAGCCUAUCACGCAGCUCUUGCUUUGAGCGAAUAUCACCAUUCGACUUCAACGCAACAUGGAAGCGGUUAUUAUGUCAGAACAAGAGGUGGACACUACGAUUUGGCUGUCGAAGAAUUGAAGACCAGCCUUGCACGAUCCUCUGCAUGGAGCGGAAACCUAGGCCUCGCCCACAAUGUUGAAGUCCUUACUACCAUUCUUCACCUCUUGUUUUACGAAGUACGUUCUUGCUCCUUUCUAGUUCAUGUAGUGGCGGCAAACACAACUGGCAGAUACACCUUCGGGGCGCGAAUGCCCUACUUCCAUCGCUUGUGCAAGCACAGAUGGGGUCAGCUGCAGCAAGACAAGGCCAAGCAAAAGAACACAUGGACAGAGUGA